UAGUUAAUGCGGUUGUUUCGAAUCAGAAUGCGCAUGUUUUUACUUAAGCAUAGAAGGUUUACUAUUAGCAUGUUCCUAAGCUACCAAUAUGAAAUAAGUAAUCAUUGCAUUCUUGUUCCUGGAGCAUUUUAAGACAAAACCUCGGAAGUAGUACUACUUUCGAGGUUUAUCUCAAAGUCUUUGGAAAGGAGAAUGCAAUCAUUGUUAGGAUAAAAGUAGACAUUUAUUAAACGCUUUAAUUUCAAUCUUUGUGACGAUAUAAGAAUGAUUAAUUGUGUUAUAUAAACUUCUUAGUAAUGAAGAGAAAGUAACAACGUUCUGAUAACAUUAAACAAGCUUACAAAGAUGAAUGCGAAGGCUGCUUCUCUGUUUCUUGUUGUUUUGGUUGUGGCAACGACAUAUUUGUUUUUGGAAGUUCGAAAUAAACAUAUUCAACUAUUCAAACCAAUGGCUCUUGAGAAAAGAGAUUAUGAAACGUUGAAGUGCAACACAUCAGAAACGAAUGUUGACUGGAGGAUCCAUACUAUAACUAUUGAGUUGCCUAACAAUAAAGUUGAAUAUUUCCAUUAUUUGCCGAACUUGAGAAAAGAUAAACGAAACAUGGCACGUAUAGCAUAUGGAGAAUGUGUUAGCUUUGAGGGUAUGAAAGUCCACAAAAACAAUAAUCAGAUGAUUUUAAUGACUGACUUUAUUCCUUAUUUCGAGAAGUUUCAUCGAGACAAGAGUGUAAUAUCAAAGAAGAGACCACCAACAGAUGAAGAAAUCGAUGCCAGGUUGUACGAACUGGUGGAAACUUUACAAGGAAAUUUAAACCAUGAAAACAUCAAAUCUGUUUUUGUGUUUGUUGAUUCCAACCAAGCUGUGGAGUACCUAAACAGUCUGAAUCUAAUGAAAAGUAAGAAUUUAGUAAUUCACCAUUUAAGUAAACAACACACUAUAAAAUCCCUCUUUGAGUAUGCAGAGAAAUGUUUUAUGGAUGAAAUUGUUAUAUUUGGGCAGCAGGAUAUAUUGUUUGGUAAAGGUUGGGACUUAGUGAAUUACAAAGUAAUGUCGGAAAAGCGAAUAAUGUAUGCGUUAACAAGACAACCAGCUUACAAUUCGAAUUGUUACAACACAUGGGUUUCCACACCUAACUGUAAAACGACUAGAUAUCUCGGCAGUCAUGAUGUGUUUGUGUAUCACGUUAAAGGUAUAUUCACGCCUGCUAUUUUAAAAACGCUUGAUUUUGAACAAAAUAAGUACGGAAUAGAAAAUUUCAUAAUCUGGUUAUUUCGAGAUAAGUUGCAAUAUGAAGUUACCAACCCAUGUUUGGUGUUAAACAUUCACCAUCAACAUUGUGUACCACUAAGAGCAAAGGAGACCACUCGGGAACGUGUUAACAACGCAACAACGACUGGCAUGGCUGAGUUUCCUGCCAAACUUUAGAAAAACAAGUAAAAAUGAAAUUAUACACCGUAGAUGCUUUAAACGUUAAAAUGCUUAGUAAGUUGUUUGAGAGGUUGUAUAUUAUAUAUUUUUAAAAAGUAUUGGUCCUAAAGAUUUUAGAAAUUCUACUAAUUAUACAUAGCACCAUAAACUAGCUCUGAGUAAGGUGUUGUAUUUAACGGUUUUAUCAAAGAAUACAGGGCUAGAAAUAUUUUUGGUCAUUCA